AUGCAUUUGACUCAAUUGUCACUUUCAAUUUGUUUAGUUGCGGUUGCGUUUGCUCAGGUGGUUCUUAGUCAAGAAUCCCACACAUUGCCAAAAUUCAAGUCGUCAUCAAAAUACUUUGAUCAAAGUGAUACAAAUGUACCAACCUCAAACGUCAACUACACUCAUAACUUCGGGUUAAAAAAUGAUUACUCAUGGAAUGAUGUUUUGGAGCAACUCGAUGAAAACAACAAAUUGUUUUUCAUAAUCAGGCAUGCCGCUGGUGUUCACCAAUGUAAUACUCCAUCUACAGAUUGGACAUGUUAUUGGCAAACUCUUGAUGGCUAUGGGGGACAAGUAUGGGCCGACGCCUUGUUGACUCAGGAAGGUGUUGAUCAAUGCCGAGAGCUUUCGCAGCAAAUCAACAACACAAAGGAGUUUCCCUACCCCAAUCGCUACUAUUCAAGUCCAUUAAGAAGAACGUUGCAAACUUGGCACUAUGUCUGGAGAGAUUUAGUGAGUGAUGCCCCAACCAUCAAGGAGUUUGCCAGAGAGACAUAUGGUAUUCAAACGGAGAGCAAGCGCCACCCAAAGUCUUACAUUCAAGCAAAUUGGGAAUAUGUUAAUUUUGAAGACGGCUUCACAGAAAAGGAUGAAUUGUGGUCCAACAGCUCUCGCGAAACCAGUCAACAUCGCAAAUACAGAGCUGCUUCGGUGUUGACUGAUAUUUUUGAAGCUAGUAAAAGUGACAAAGUAGUGAGUCUUGUUUCUCAUUCUGAGCUAAUUGGCUCAAUUUUAGACGUUGUAGGACAUCGGGAUUAUCCUGUUGAGAACGCCAAAUUGAUACCAGUGUUGAUCCAUAAGAAAAAACACAAGACUAAAACAUACAAGUUGGAUGACCCCGAUAAAACAUUUGAAGAUAUAUGUUCAGACAAGCCAUCGCAAAUAACACAGGGUCCUGAGUUGACUUGUAGCGCUGCUCCGUUUGAUGAAAGGGCUUAG